UUCGGCUCUGCUAUAUAUGCCGCGCGCACUGAACGCGUAGCAGACUCAAAUUAUCUUCUUACCUAGCUCACCGAGAUCGAUCUAUCAAUAGCCGCCAGUAAAUGGGGAGUGCGAGGGUGCCGGCCGGCGACGUGAACCUGGACCUGGGGCUCGUCCACCUGACGGCAGCGGCCGUGAGGCAUCCGCGGACGGCACCGCCGGUGGCCGCCAUGGACGAGGGCGACCGGACCUUCUCGUGCACCUACUGCCGGCGCAAGUUCUACAGCUCGCAGGCGCUGGGCGGCCACCAGAACGCGCACAAGCUCGAGCGCAGCCUCGCCAAGCGCAGCCGCGAGCUCUCCGCCGCCUCCUCCUCCCCGCCCACCUCCGACUUGAUCAGUUGGUACUCGCCGCCGGGUGGAGCGGAUAGCGGCGCUCAAGCAGCAGGGUCGGCCGCGGCCGCGGCGGCCGUCGUCAGCUGGAUCGCCGACGGCGGGCGCCGCCGCUACGGGCACCGCGUGCACGCGGCCGGCGACGGCGACGACGGCAUCGACCUGUCGCUCAAGCUGUAAGGUGCAUCGACAUGCACGGCAUGCGUGCGCACGUCGUCCAUAAUGAUGUCGAUCGAUCGACUAGCUGCUAGCUUGCUAUCUUGUACGUUCGUACUUACACUACGUACGUACGUAUCACAGUUGCUCUGUGCAUGCAUGACAGGACCGGCCUUACAGUUAAAUGCUUUGAUUUGAUGUUUGUUUAGUAACGAUAUGUAUAAACCAGUA